ACUUGUGUGCAUACUUAGAGUGUCGUUUGUUUGUGAAUGCUUCCCUAGUUGCUUCACCAUUCCAAGACUCUCUCCAUAAUAUAAACCCCAUCAAUGUUCCCCCACCAUCACCAACAGGAAUCUCCCAUUUAUAUCACUUCUCAACUCAAAACCAAAAAUUUCCAACUCUCAUAACCUCUCUCACCCCUCUGCACAAAAAAAAAAAAACUCUUACUCCCCUCUGACCAUGCUCUCUGUCUCUUUCCAAACAUAGAAGAAUGCACCACCCCUUUGUCCUGAAAUUUAUUCACAUCUAACAUAGCCUUCAAUUCCUCUCUGAGUGAUGAGUAUGAUGCACACUCCCCACCCUCACAAUUCCCACAUCACAUUAUUGCCCACCACCUGCUCCUUUCACCAUUAAUCUUGAUCAAACCAAAGAGGCAAAGAGCCUCAUCCCUAUGCUCCUAUUUAAGGGUAUGAUAUGAAUAUGACCCUUUAGUUUAAAUUCUCUCAACACUCUACACCUAAUAGCCUUGUUCCAUAAAACCACCAACAAGUUUCCUUAAGGCCAUGGCUGGUCAGAAGCUUCAUGGGGGUUCAAGCAUGACACUUUUGCUCCAAAAAGAAAGACUUCCAUGCUCCCCUGAACUUAUUCAAUCUUUUUGUUUUCAAAACUCUGAACCUUCUUUCCAAGGUUCAAAAUCCAUGGCUAAUGUUGUGAACGUCACGCAUAGGCCCUUCUUUCAAGGGCCAGAGAAAGAAGAGAACGGCAAUGAUGCGGAUUUUGAGGUGUGCCUCCAUCAACCCGGUAAGACAAGGAGGCUCACAAGUGAACAAGUGCAGUUUCUUCAAAGUAACUUCGAGGUGGAAAACAAGCUUGAACCUGAAAGGAAGGUCCAACUUGCAAAGGAACUUGGCAUGCAACCACGGCAAGUGGCCAUAUGGUUCCAAAACCGUAGGGCAAGGUUCAAGACCAAACAGCUUGAGACAGACUAUGGCAUGUUAAAAGCUAGCUAUCACGUACUCAAACGGGACUAUGACAAUCUCCUUCAAGAGAAUGACAAGUUAAAGGAAGAGGUUAACUCUCUCAACAGACUGAUUCCCAGAGAGCAAGAGGAACAGAAUUCUGAUGAUACCUCUUGUGAUACUGUCAACUCACGGCAUAAAGAGCAUAAAGAGCAUAAAGAUUUAAUCAUAAACACAGGUUCUGAGAAUGGAUCCGAAGUGCCACUUCCUGUUAAGGUAAUAAACAAACAUGAAGAUGCUAAUUCAGCUAAAAGUGAUGUUCUUGAUUCGGAGAGCCGACAUUUCACUGAUGGAAACCAAUCCUCAUAUAUGGAGCCUGCAGAUUCCUCCCAUGCUUUGGAACCAGACCACUCAGAUUUCUCGCAAGAUGAAGAAGACAUCCUCAGCCAAAACAUCUUGACCAUGCCGUUCUUACCAAAGGUUGAAGAUGUCUGCUAUGAAUAUGAUGAACCAAAUGAAAAUUCUUGCAGUUUCCGGUUCCCACUUGAAGAUCAAGCCUUCUGCUUUUGGUCAUAUUGAGUUACUAUUAGUCGGGGAAUGUUAAAGUUCAUUAGUUCACAGCUGUAACUCUGCAGUAAAAUAUUUUAGGAAUUGAAGUUUCACCUCAGUAAUCUGCUUAAUCAAAGUUCGCAUCAAAGAUAACUUAUGUUGAGUGUUAACUAGGUGAAACUCCGAUUUUUAAUAAAAUCAGCAUGUUAUUACAUUAGGCUAUUCACGAUA